UUGAUCAUAACCCAAGUUAUAUUUUGCUUUAGUUACAUCCUUUCUGUAUACUGCAAUUUAUUAACAAUGGAGUUGGACGAUUUUAUUCGAAAUAACUUAAAACCUCUUCUCAACAAUGACGUCGACGAUGAAAUUAUUGCUUACAUCAAAGACAUGAAGAGCACAGAGGAUUUUGACGAAUUUAUAGCAAAUAUAAUUGAUCGUAGCAUAACAAGGCACGUGAAAAUAUGCGAUAAUUUGAAGGCCAAACUUUUCUCUGAAAAAAGACAAGCAGAGAAAGCGGCAAAGGACGGUAAUAGCACACUACGGUCAAAAAAAGGUGGGAACUCAGGUGAAAAGAAAUCAAAGAGUAACGCAAAUAAUGGCAAGAAAUCCGAAAUUCCUAUGGGCCAGAAACCACAAUCGGCGAGUAAUAAGAAAGGCUCUGUUACACAUCCGAGCGGUAGUUCUAAAAAAGGCAAGAAUGUCAAUGUAGAUACAUAUAAUUUUAAGCUUGGUCCUAAACAAGGUCGCCAACCUUGCAAUUGCGAGGCAAGGGAUCAUCCCCUUAUUAAUAACUGCCUGAAGUGUGGACGAAUUGUAUGUGCGCAAGAGGGUUCAGGCCCAUGUUUCUUUUGUGAUACGCUGGUAUGCACAAAUGAAGAAUUUCACAUCUUGGAGUCAAAUUCAAAUUUAUCCGAUAAGCUACAUAGUCAAUUAUUUGAACAGAAAACGUCAAAAGAAUGGAAGAAGGCAAUCGAAGCUAGAGAUAAACUAGUUAGAGCCGACAGAGAUGGGGAGGACAGGAGAAAGAUAUACGAUGAACAAUCCGAAUACUACAGCUCAGAUGGGUGGAAUGUUGGGGAUAAAUCAAAUGUUCCAAAAAUACACAAAUCUGCUAAGGAUAUGAAACUGGCACUUGACUUUGCGUCACGAACUGUUGUAUCCGAGACUAAGGAAAAGAAUAAAAAUAGAGACAGUCUACUAGCAGCUGUUAAUACUCAUCUUGAUGCUACUGAAAAAAGAUUAUCAGAGAGUCUGAGGGUUCAGAAGUGGGAUGACAUUGUGUCUAAAGUAUAUUCGGAUAAAAAUCAGUUGUAUACUCCAAGCGCCUUUAGCAAGGUUAAAGUUGCAAAUGACGCAUUUUUGGAAGAAAUUGAUCGAGGAAUGUGUUUAAGUAUGCACCAGCCGUGGGCUAGCCUUUUAGUUGCUGGAAUUAAAAUACAUGAAGGUAGAACGUGGUAUACAGAACAUCGAGGACGUUUGUGGAUUCAUGCAGCAUCUAAGGAACCUAAUAAUGACGAACUGUUGGAAGUGGAGCAGAUGUACCGUGCUAUUUACAAUAAUCAACAAUUGGUGUUUCCAAAGAAAUAUCCAACAAGCUGCUUGUUAGGAUGUGUUUUUGUGGAAGAUUGCCUAAGCCAAGAUCAGUACCGUGAGAUUUAUGCUACUGGUGAAAGCGAAAGUCCUUAUGUUCUCAUUUGUUCUAAGCCUAUGAUACUUCCACUAUUCCAUUCCAUGCAAGGUCAACACAAAAUAUUUCCAUUAAGUAAAGAAAUCCAUAAUAUAGCUAGAGAAUCAUUAAUGUCUUCAAAGUGGUUAUAAUAGGAUAAGAUUGUUAUAUGUAAAUAAAAAUCUUUGUUGAAAAA